AUUGCGUGGUUUGGUAUUUAAUUCAGCACGUAGUGGGAAUUUCCCCAGCCUAAUUUCACCCCUCUCAGCCCAUAUCCAGCACUAACAACUAGCAUUAUUUCAUCUGACUGAAUUUCUGACGCAUUUUACUUAACUAUUCCUACUGUUGCUGAAUACAGACUUAAAAAUGUCUUCGGAUGAUGAUCUGUUCCGCAGUUAUUCUCCUAAGAAGACUGAUGUAUUUGACAACACAGGUGAUUUGUUCUCUGAGUCUUUCAUUGAACCAAUCCGAGUAAAAGGAAAACGGAAAGAAAAACAACAAGAUAUAGUCCCUGGUGUCAGUGAAUUUAUUCCAGACUUUUCAUCUUAUGAAAGGCAUCAAUUAAUUGUUGAAUCGGAUGUUAGCCAUCCUGCUGCUAGUCUUACAGAUCAAAUGUCAAAAAUUAAUCAAGAAAAUAUUACUCAACCUGAUCACAUUCCAAAUUCUGUUGUUGAGCCUAAGCAUCACAUGAUAGGUGGAAGUUCAACUGCUGCAUUCUGUAGUACCCCUGGUCCUACGAACAGUUUCGCAUCAAGUUCGCUUAAAGUUGAUGGUGCAGUAGCACCAAAAACAGUAUCAGGGGAUGUUCUACUAAACGCCCUUCAAGUGACACCGAUUCAUCCGGUGUUUGCAAAUCAAAAUAUAUCGCCAGCCUGUGAAAUGGAGAAGACUUUAUCACAGUUGGAUUAUCAUCUAAAGGAUACACCAUUACAACACAAUAAUAAUAAUGAUGGCCAUAAUAAUGCAACACAUUAUUCACCUUCAUUACGUAACCGUGAAGUGGCCGUUCAACUCACUCCAAUCGAUUUUUUCAAUCCUCUUCAUAUGUCACCGUAUAAUCCUUCAGAUGAACACAGACAAGACUGUCAACAACACCAACAACAACAACAUCAAUUUCAAUCCCCAGGAUUGAGUAAACCUGCUGGAGCUGGCAAAAAGUCGAGUUCAUACACAAAACGAUUAAGUCGACACUUUCGUCAUGAAAAUAUGAUAUUGAAUCGUUCAUAUUUGGAAUUACAUGGAGCUGGGGAUGCUAAAGGAGCCUUGUUAAAGAUUUGUGGACAAACCGACUACAAAACAUUUACUCAACUUUUGGUUCCUGCUCGGCGAAAAAAUUUGAAAAAAAUCGGUGAAGGGUGUUUUGGUGAAGUAUUCCGAUGUCCGGCUGAGAAUCGCCGAUCAAAACAUGUUGUCAUGAAGUUUAUACCAAUAGAAGGAGCUGUUAAAUUUAAUGGUGAACCACAGAAGACUUUCGACGAAGUACUUUCUGAAGUAAUUGUAUCUAAGGAAUUAACAGCUCUCGGUAUGGGCUUUACAAAUUGUACGUCUGGCUUUGUAGAAUUGAUAAGAGUUCACCUUCUGCAAGGGGCAUUCCCUUUGUAUUUGAGGAAAUCGUGGGAGGCAUACGAUAGAGUGAAAGGUUCUGAAAAUGACCAUCCAAAAAUCUUUCCCAAAGAUCAAUUAUGGGUGGUUUUAGAGUCUUCCUUUUGUGGUGUACCACUUGAAAAUAACAUUCCCCCCUGCCCUUGUGCCAGAGUCUCCCUUCUGCUGCAAGUUGGGUUUUCCCUAGCUGUAGCAGAACAAGAAUUAAAGUUCGAGCAUAGGGAUCUACAUUGGGGGAAUGUUUUGCUCGAUGAAAGUUGUAUGUCCCCUGCUGUAAAUAAAUCAACAAUGUCUUCUUCAUCGUCGACUUCAUUAUCUUCCUCCUCUUCUUCAUCCUCCCGCUCCGUCUCCUCAUUGUCUUCAUCUUCAAAAGAUUCUUGUUGUAAAUAUUGUUCUUAUUUGGACAAUAUGGAUGGAGUGGAACAAGAAGAAGGCGAAGAAGAAUCUGAUAAGGAAAAUAAGAGACAUGUCACUAAUGAAGAAGAACAAGAAGACGCUGAUGACAAAGAAAUGCACAACAAUAAUAAUAAUAAUAAUAAAUACGUACAAUUUCGUCUGAAUGAUCAGGCGAUCAGUGUUCCAAAAUGCGGUUGCACGGUAUACCUCAUAGACUUUACCAUGUCUCGUUUAGAACAAGAUGGUGAUUUAGUCUAUGUUGACUUAAGUAGUGACCCUACUUUGUUUCAGUCGCAAGGAGAUUAUCAAUUUGACAUAUAUCGUCAUAUGAAAUCACACACUCGAAAUAAUUGGAAGAAGUUUUCACCGAAAACCAAUGUAAUGUGGUUUCACUACCUAACAACAAAACUAUGCUGUGAUUUGCCCGAAUUAACCUCAUCAUCUUCUGCAUCCGCCUGCAUCAAACGUCGGCAUGCUAUUUGUUGUAAAAAGCUGAAAGACUUAGAGUUGAGCACACGGAAAUUCAAAUACAAAUCCGCAUUCGACUUGGUGACAACACACAAACUGUUUAGAAAUUGUCGGGAUUUUUUUAGUGAUAAGUAACUGCUCCAAACGUGGUUGUGAAUGUGUGCACGUUACCCUUUCACUUUGUGAAUUGUGCUGUUUUUCAUAUUUUUUCCUUCAGUCUUUCAUUGGCGUCUUCCUGUUUUUGUUUUCAGCGCCCUCAGAUUUUGUUUUUUUUGUACCUUAGUAAUACUUUUGUUAUUAUUAUUAUUUUUCUAUUGUUUUUAUUUUAUUGAUUGAGAUAGAAAUUAGGUGUAAUAUUUUCUAAAGAAAAUGCCCGUUAGUUGAUAAAGUUAUUCAGUUGAAAUAUAG